CUACACGUCAUUUGACCAAUCAGCUUCGUCGAUGUUACAUUACGUAGGGAAGCGUGUGUGUGACAUUUGCUGCAAGAAGCUAGUUUAUGAACAGCUUGCCGGAUAAAGAUGAACUAGGAAAAGAAAUAGAAAAUAUUUUGCCUAUUAACUGAGCUGACGUUUGGGUUAUUAUCGUACCCGCAUUAGAGAAGACAGUUUAUAUCAAAGGUAGCGUAAGGUAAAACUUGCUGUCUAGCUAAACACGUUAAAUAGUAGGCUAACCCUUUUUCUUAACUUACAACGUUAACGUAGCUGGAAGUGUUUGGGUUUAAGUGUUGUUCCGAUUUGCUCUUCUGAGAUGUUAAUACUAAUCCGUUAAUUUCGUUUUUUUCUAUUGCAGUAUGUGUGGACGUUAGCGCUUAAGCCGACUUUGCUAACUGCCUUUUGCACACAAGGUUAUAAUUAGCUUUAGCCAGCUAGCUCUUCACUCCCCUUUUGCUGCAGCUUUCUCACUUUCUUAUGCUGACUUAUCAGGACAGGUGUGCUGAAAGUAGGCCAGGUGUGGUGUCGGAUAGAUAGAGUAGGCAACUUAUUCAUAGUGCUUACAGAGUAGUACUGUCCUACAGUCUACUUCGGGGAUUUCUGUUACUUUAGUGGAGCCAAAGGUGGGAAAAUGCUGCUUUCCUUUGUUGUGCACACAUACUCGCUGCGGUACUGGUUUCCAGCCACGGUCAUGCUGGGAACAGCCCCAGCUUAUCUGCUGUCAUGGGGGACAUGGCGCUUACUCUCAACUGUCUUACCAGCGAGGGUGUAUCACAAGUUGGACGACCGGUUGUACUCAAUGUACCAGAGUAUGGUCCUGUUCUUCUUUGAAAACUACACAGGAGUUGAGAUUGUUAUAUAUGGAGAUAUACCAAAGAACAAGGAGAAUGUGAUCUACCUGUCUAAUCACCAAUGUACAGCUGACUGGAUCAUUGCUGACAUGCUCGCCAUCAGGCAAAGUGCUCUCGGCCAUGUCAGAUACGUCCUUAAAGAUGGACUCAAGUGGCUCCCGCUGUACGGAUGGUAUUUCUCUCAGCAUGGAGGAGCCUAUGUGAAACGAAGUGCAAAGUUUAAUGAAAUGGCGAUGAAGAAGAAGCUCUUAACUCAGACUCAAUGUGGCGCACCAAUGUACCUUGUCAUCUUUCCAGAAGGAACUCGGUAUAAUCCAGAGCUCAAGAACGUUAUCGCUGACAGUCAGGCUUUUGCUACAAAAGAAGGACUGGCUGUCCUGAAACACACACUUACACCUAGAAUGAAGGCCUCGCACACAGCCUUUGAGGCCAUGCAGGACCACCUGGACGCUGUGUAUGACGUCACAGUGGCCUACGAGGGAACGCUGGACGCCUCUGGUCAAAGGAAACCUGCACCAUCGAUGCCAGAAUUCCUGUGCAAAGAAUGUCCCCGAGUCCACAUACACUUUGACCGCGUGGACAUAAAGGAAAUUCCUCCAGAGCCACUGUUUUUCCGCAGGUGGCUGCACGAGCGGUUUGAAAUCAAGGACCGCCUGCUGACGGAUUUCUACGAGUCGGAGGAUGGAGACAAAAUAUGCAGGUUCCCUGGGGAAGGCAAACAUUUGCCUCUGAACCUUUCUAAAACCCUCCCAUCAGUGAUAAUCUUGGGGGGGCUGACACUGCCAUUACUGCUGACGGAGAACGGCAGGAAACUGUACGUGAGAACCUGGGUGUACGGGACACUGCUGGGCUGGCUGUGGGUGAACGCUUUUCCUUAACGAACAGGGCAGAGGUUGCCACGAUGAGACGCGCAAAAGAUAUGGAGAGACAUUGCCAUUUUCCUGUAUCACAACAACACAAGGUGUGUUCCAGAUGCAGAGCAGUAUCUGAUAAGAGGAUCAGAGAUUUAACCUACGUGUCUGGCUCACUGUUGACCUUGAGCUGAAAGCUGAACGGCGAUACAGAGAAAUGUUAAGCAUUUUGUGCUACUUGUUCCCUCGCAUUAUUUGGAUUUGCAGCCUGAAAUGAUAAGAAAACGUGUGGAUUUGGUGGAAGGCAUUCUCAAAAAUGCCCCUUGUUAUCUACUAUGAAAUACAAAUAGCUAUAUACUUCUUAAAGUAAUUCCCCCCCCCCCAUUUAGCCAAAUCAGUAUUAAUGCAUGCUCACUUUCCCAUCAAACAUUGGCCAGUUUUAAAGCUCUAAUAUGACAUGGAACAACGAUGAACAAAGAUGUUGAUGAUAGAUUAUUAAUUUUUAAAUGCACUGACUCCUUGGCAUUGGUGAUCAUGUUAUUUAUGCCAAGUCCCAUGUUAGGAAGUUUAUGCACUCUGCUCAUUUAGAAUGAUGUUUUUACGUUAGUAAAACAAAAUAAAUUGCAUACAGUCCUCUAUAGGGGCUCAUAAACAUGACACCAGCUGCAUUGUUUACCAUAAAUAUUCAUAUGACAUCAAUUUAUUUUAUAUACUGAUAAUGAAUGUAGCUAUAAAACCCUAAUUUAUGCAUAUAUGAAAUAGUGAAUGUUUUUUCAAUUUCCAACACCCAAGAUAUUGAUUUUACUAUUAGUGAUAUCAUAUCAUAUUAGUGAUAAAAAAAAAUACUAUCUAUUGUACAUUUUUGAGUCUUUGUUCUACCGAUAAAUAUUGCUUUAACCUCAAUGUCAAUCAUUGCCAAAACCUGGUGUAUUAACCAUGAUGGUCUACGUGUUUUAAGUUGAGCAAUACUUGUUUAAUACCAGCCCAGAUGACCGCAAAUAAACUUAAUGCUUUUUUUUUGUUGUUGGCCUAAAUACAUUAGAAUUUGAUUUUUUUUUUUUUUUAUAUAUAUAUAUAUAUAUAUAUAUAGAUCUAUAAUGGUAUAUUCACAGUUCCAUCACUUUUAUAUACAUUUGUUACUUGGAAUACCAUGUUACAGCUAAUACAAAAGUAUCUACCUAGCAAAAAGCUGGCAAAGCCAUGUUAACAGUAUAUCACAGGUUCUUGUGAACUCCAAGCCAUUUAUAUUAUAAAUGUCACUGUGUUGUGAAAUUCACUCUCUGUUCUCUGUUGUUGUUUACUGUAAUGAUACCAUUGCAUUUUCCCACGAGUCACUUUACAUGUUUGCCGUCUCGUCCUUGUCUGGAGUUACUCUGAGAUAUUUUUUCCUCGUGGAUGGUACAGUAAAUCUCAGUUUUUACAUGCCGCUCCAAUACCUCACUGGAAUAAUCCUUUCUUGCUCUUAAAUGACUGUUGUCAGCCAUUUUAUAGUCAUUUUACCCUGACAAGGUCCAACUGUACCUCAUGAGGAAAACUAUGUAGACAGUAUUUAAUGCCAACUGGUUUUGGAAAUGUGUGCCUUCUCUUUGGAGGAGAUGGUCCUCAGCCCUCUUAGAGAGGGCCACAGUGGCUCUUUUCCACCAGGUGGCUGCAUGGAAGUGCUCUGCUGGAGCAUGUGGUCACAUUGUCUACAGUUCAUAGUGGCUUAUUUUGCUCAAAGAAUGCAUUGAUUUACACUUUUAUUAAACGAUGAAACCUUUUAUGUAUGUAAGUUCUGGAAAUGGGUUGGUCAGAGUGAAAUAAAGUGGUUUUCUUUGGGGA